AUUUAUCAUAUGGUUUAGGCGGAGGUGGAUUAUUAUUAUUUAGCAAGUCUACUACGUUUUGGGUCCCUAGAGCAUGGCUGGAAGGAGUUUUAUUCGAUCGAAUUCAGCCUUUCUUCCAAUCUACAUUUCCACAUGCAAGAUAAGAAAUACGAAGCAAUGAAGAAUGAGGUUAGCAUUUAUUUAUAUUCUUGUUUCUCUAUUAAAAAUUUUUACAGCGAGUGGCGCCCUCGUGGUAUCCAAAGAACCUGCUAAAUGUACGCAGAGGGUAUAUGUCUAUAUACAGAUCGAGAUUAAAGAGGAAAAAAGGCAAGAACACGAAAAGGGGAUGCCCGCGAGAGGAACCAGGUCAUUAUCUUUCAGAACGUCAAAGUCAUUUCCAGUCAAGACAGCGUGGGUAAUUUUGACUAUAAGAAUGCCGCCAAGGACUGAUCUCGUAUGUAUAAUAAGUCGUGACGUCCAUUGCGCUCAAAUGACAUCCAAAUCAUUACUGGGGGGGGGGGGGAUUACAGACUCCAACGGAUAAAUGCGGCAGCAUGGGACGCAGCGUCCCGGAUUUUAUAGCAGAAAAGGCGCAGGGGAGGAGAGAA